AUGACAGCAACAAACAACAACAGCAACUUUAUCAUUUCUGAUGAAAAAGUUAUUGAUUCAUUAGCUGAGGAAUUAGUUGUGGCAGAAACUAAAACCCUCAACGAAAGAAUUGGUGAAAACAAGAUUGAUUUACAUAACUACCUCAAACAUGAUGGAGGAAGAGGAAGGAAAACUGGUACAGCUUUAUUAGUAAAUAAAAUUUCAAAUUUAACGAUUAUAGAUGUUGAUAUCAAUAAAUCGUACAAUGAUGAACUUAAAGAAACAGUUAGAAAAGAUAUUUUAUCAAAACUUUCGGAUAAAGAUGUUAUCGUUAAAACCGCUUCAGGAGGUCUUCACAUUUAUUGUAACACUAAUUUCUUCUAUGCAGUUUCGAACAGAAUGAUUAAAUGUUAUUCCUGCAAUGAUUAUGAUAUUGAUAUCAUGACUUCUAUGGAUGAUUCAAAGCGUUCAUUAGUGGUUAUGGCUGAAUCAAGAGUUCGCAAGAAUGCAACAGAACCAAUCAAUACAUACUCAUUCAUUCGUGGAAGUUAUGAUUCAACAUUAACUAGAACAGUGAAUGAUAUAUUAAAUGAUUUGAAUAUUAAGGUAAGAGUUGAACAGAAGAACGAAGAAAUAAAGAGUAUAAUGAAUGAAAACAAAGAUGUAAACAUUGACGAUAAACUUGCCCAGAGCAUAGUUGAUGGCAUCUGUGAUUUUGAAGUACAUAAUGACGG